AUGGGUCCUCAAGUCAAGUGGCCUCCUAAGAUGAAGGCCUCGGAGGCUAACCGAAACCCCAAGCGAUGGUGCGAAUUCUAUAGUUAUCAUGGCCACACUAUAGAGAAUGGUAUAGCCCUGAAGAUAAAAGUUGCCGAGCUUCUCAAGAAAGGCCACCUGAGAGAGUUCCUCUCGGAUAAGGCCAAGAACCUUCUGAAUAAAGAAGGAGUCGGUCUUCCUACCGAAGCGGCUCCUGCGUUGCCACCACAGCAAGACCGGGUGAUCCAUGUAUCCUCAGGCGGAUCAGAAGUAAGCGGAAUCAGCAGUGCUGCUGCCAAGAGAAGUACUCGCAACGCCAGGAACGGCCUAGAUGCCGAGGGUUCUAAGCGCUUACUUCUAGGAACAUAUGAGAUCAGCUUCACUGCAAGGGAGCAGGAGAGGGUUCUAGCUCCUCACCACGACGCCCUUGUUAUUUCACUUACCAUAGUGAACUGCUUGGUCAAGCGACUACUGGUGGAGAAUGGGAGCUCCAGUGUGGACAAUGGGAACUACUUAACUGUGUCAAUCGACGCUAACCAUCAACUAGUGAUAUACUGA